CAUCUUGCUACGAAUAGAUAACACCGACCGCAGCUGGAGCUUCCUAUCGAGAUGUAUGACUCAUACUGUUUGUCCUGCAGCUCAGGACUCCGUGCAUGUUCUACAGUCGUUCUUCAAACCAAAUUCCACUGAAAAUCAUCAUGUCCGAUCCCAAAGUCUUAGCUCAAUCCCUCACUCCGUCCGCUGUGCAGGAUGCCUAUUCCCUUAUCCAGCCGUACGUGCACCGCACGCCUCUCCUCACCAACCAAACCCUCAACAACAUCGCUUCAACUCCACAAUCCCCGGAAGCUUUGAACGGGACCCCUUUCGAGGGACAAUCGCCCGCCAACCCCAGAAUUCGAUUCUUCUUCAAAUGUGAGAACUUUCAGCGGAUUGGCGCCUUCAAGGCCCGAGGCGCGUUCCACGCCUUGCUGCGGCUUAUCGAAGAGCGGGGUCAAGAGGAAGUACAAAAGCGCGGGGUGAUCACGCAUAGCUCAGGGAACCAUGCCCAAGCCCUUGCUCUCGCCGCCUCCACCCUCGAUGUCCCCGCCUACAUCAUUAUGCCCAGCAUCAGCACACCGUCGAAAAUCGCGGGAACGCGCUCCCAUGGCGCAGAGAUUAUCUUCAGUGGAUCGACGAGUGUGGAGCGGGAGGCUGUCGUCGAAGAAGUGCAAGCAAGGACGGGGGCAAUCCUGGUACCACCGUACGAUGAUUUCAACAUUAUCUGCGGGCAGGGAACAACGGCCCUGGAGAUGGAGAAGCAGUACAAAAAGCUUGUUACAGAGAAGCCGCAUCUGAGCGUCCACCAGGAACUUCCGGUGCUCGAUGCUGUGAUCACACCGGUCGGUGGCGGUGGUCUCAAUGCUGGUGUUGCAACCUUCUUCUCUGAUAAGACGACCAAGGUGUUUGGUGCCGAGCCUAGCUUCGAGGGUGCAGAUGACUGCCGGCGCGGUCUUGUGGCCGGGGAACGCGUUCCAGCAGUGUCGACCUUGACGAUUGCGGACGGACUGCGCACUCCUGUUGGCCUCUUGAACUGGGAGGUGAUUGCAGAUAAGAACAAGGUGGCUGGUGCUUUUGCUGUGACAGAGGAGCAGAUCAAGGCCGCGAUGAGGUUGGUUUUGGAACGUAUGAAGGCUGUUGUUGAACCGAGUGCCGUCGUGGGGUUGGCGGUUUGUCUGUAUAAUGAGGACUUCCGACGUCUCGUGGAGAAAGAAGCUCCCAACGGUUGGGAUGUGGGCAUUGUCUUCAGCGGAGGCAACACGACUGUUGAUGUAAUCGCCAAGCUGUAUAGCUGAGUGCUGUGCAUGUAUGAGAGCAGCGUCAUCU